AUGUCCACGCCCUCCACGGCCACUGCAACCCAUCCUACUCACCAGCAUUACGGUUAUCCCCAUUCCUCAUAUCAGGCGACUACCUCAUACCCGACUUCUACCACCACCACCGCCGCAGGGGCUCGCCUGCCGAACCCCUACGCUUACUCGGUACCUUCGCCCACGACCACAACCACAACCCUCCCUUACGCUCAGCCCGCGCGAGUCCCUCCCGCGACCUUGACGCCCUCAGCCAUGGCUUCCAUGCCGAGUGCCUCCAGUGCUGCCCCAUCGCAGGGCUCCCGGCGCAAGAAACCCGAUUGGGGCGAGUUCUACAAGAAUGGUCUCCCCAAGGAGGUCAUUGUGAUCGAUGAUAGCCCCGGUCCGGAUGGCUCCAAGGCGACCGCGGCACCACCGCCGCCUCCUCCCCAUAGUGCCUCAGCAUCAGCUGCUCAACCUUCGGUUGCGGAACCCGCAGGCAAAAGGCGACGGACCGGAAUCGAUAGCGCCUACGACAUGGGCUACUAUGACCGACCGUCCUACUCCAUUAACCCCCAGCAGUAUGGCGACAACCACCAACAACCACAACACCAACAGCACCAACAACAUCAGCAACAACACAACUCCUCCAACUCCCUCUCCACCGAUCGAACCACCUCCUUGCAUACCACGGCUCCUACCUCAUUGGGCUCGCAGGGUAGCUCCAACGGGAGCGCCGGGAUGUAUCACCCUCAAGAUCCCAGUGCCGGUCAAAAGCGCAAGCGAACCACCCGGAAAUCCACCCGGGAUGAACAGAAGCGCCGAGAACUCGAGACGGUCAGCGAUGCCUACCUCAGUUAUGUUCCCCCACCCAAGCCUAUAAUCAAGUCGAAGGAUGUGCCGGUCCCGGUGAUUCGUGACUUUGCGGCCGCCCGACACGAAAAGUACGACGAUGACGACGGUCACUAUAUUGUCACUCCCGAUGUACCACUGACCGAUCGAUACUCAAUCAUCAAACUCCUAGGCCAAGGCACCUUUGGUAAAGUUGUCGAAGCCUACGACAAGCAGCGGAAAUCACGUUGUGCCGUGAAGAUCAUUCGUUCAAUCCAAAAAUACCGAGAUGCCUCUCGGAUCGAGUUGCGCGUCUUGUCAACCUUGGCCUCCAACGAUAAGAGCAACCGCAACAAAUGUAUACAUCUCCGAGACUGCUUUGAUUUCCGCAACCAUAUCUGCAUUGUCACCGAUCUGCUUGGCCAGAGCGUUUUCGACUUCCUCAAAGGCAAUGGCUUCGUCCCAUUUCCCAGCAGUCAGAUCCAGCAAUUUGCCCGCCAAUUAUUCACUAGUGUGGCCUGUGAGUUUGAUCCUGACCAGACAUUCGUGGUGAUUUCUGCUGACCCCCCCGAAGUCCUUCACGACCUCAACCUCAUCCAUACCGACCUCAAGCCCGAAAAUAUCCUCCUCGUCAGCAACGCAUACCAGACUUUUACCUAUAACCGUACCAUUCCCUCCUCCUCCCACGCGAACCCCAGGAACGCCCGGCAACGGCGUGUCCUUCUUGACAGCGAGAUUCGCCUGAUUGACUUUGGUUCCGCGACAUUUGAUGACGAGUACCAUUCCUCUGUCGUUUCCACCCGCCACUACCGAGCCCCCGAGAUCAUCCUGAAUCUGGGAUGGAGCUUCCCUUGCGAUAUAUGGAGUAUUGGGUGUAUCCUGGUGGAGUUCUUCACCGGCGAUGCCCUUUUCCAGACACACGACAAUCUCGAGCAUUUGGCGAUGAUGGAGGCUGUCAUUGGGACCAAGAUCGACUCGAGACUCGUUCGACAGGUGGUCCAAGGUCGAGCCGGUAGCCACAACUCGGCAGCCAAGUAUUUCAACCGAAGUAAACUUGACUACCCGAACAAUGAGACGACUCGUGCGUCGAGGAAGUAUGUCAAAGCGAUGAAAGGCCUCACCGAAUUCAUCCCCACCAAUACCCCCUUCAAUCGUCAAUUCCUUGACCUGCUACAACGCAUCUUCAUCUACGACCCUAAGAACCGUCUCACGGCGAAGGAGGCGCUGAAGCACCCGUGGUUCAAAGAGAGUCUGAUCGAUGACGGCACCGAAGCAUACCGCAUCGGCAUGGGCUUGCACCGCCAGGGCCGUGGAUAA